AUCACAAUGUGGUUGUAAACACCGUGUUGUCGGCAUGCUGGCUCGUUAUAUUAUAUAGGAAUAUACAUGCUAUUACGACGGAUAACUUUAUGUGACAUAACGUGGAGAUGAAGACACUGAUCGUGUAAGCCACAACAAUAUGGUUGACAAAUGAGUAUGUUGUCACAGAAACAGCCAAAGAAAAAGUCAUUGAAGUUAUUGGAGAAGUUGGUACAGGACAAUAGCAGCGAAGAGGGCGCAGAGGAGAGAGAGGCACUGUUAGAUAGUCUUAUAAAGGAAAAUGGUGGAAACCUCUUCUAUGAAAAAAUGAACGGGAGUUAUACAAAGAAAGGAAAGUCCAAGGCCGGAAAGGAGGCCGAUAACGAGCGUCAGUCACGAUCUAGAACCAAGGAUCAACAUGAACGCAUAUUGUCCGCAAAAAAGCCACCAACUGGCCAAGGAUCCAUUUCUGUACCAUCAGGUCAUGUUAAAAAUGGAAAGUCAAGGUCACGAUCAAGAUCAGAUUCUCGUUCAUCUUCAUCAAGUUUUUGGUCAGAUAGAUCAAAGUCAAGGUCAAGAUCAAGGUCAAGGUCUCCUAAGCGAGGAACGCCUAGAAGAAGGUCAUAUUCAAGCUCAAGAUCUAGAUCUCAUUCAAGAUCCAGAUCUCGUUCACAUUCCAAAUCAAGAUCAAGAUCUAGAUCAAAAUCAUCCUCUCCACAUUCAUAUAUACAUGGUGUUCAAAGAAAUCUGAAUCUUAAAAACAGUUCAAAGCCUCAUGAUACAAUGAGUGAACAAGGUCAUAGGCAUCGAAAAAGGAACCAGCAAGGCCGUAAAACAAAACUGUUAAAUAGAUCUCCUCUCAGGAAAUUUAGGUCAAUGGAUAUAAGUCCUGAUGUGUUUAUUGAAGAACGUCUGAAUCGGAAAUACAGAGAACUCCAUGAACUGGUGCAGACAAACUUCAGUGACCGUCGACCACAGGUCACACGAGAGUAUUUCAAUCAGAUCCAGUCUCUACGCGACUCCUAUACCAAAGUCAGCCAUGGAAUGCAGCCAUCAGGGAUUCUCUUGCCAGGGACAGGCACGCUUAGUGACAUCAAACCCCCUGGGGUGCCACAGAGGAGACGUCCCAUGUCAGCCAGCACACAUGCUGAGCUCCGAGACUUGACAAUGGAAGAUGGAACAUAUUAUACUAUCAGAAACGUCAUGACUGCUUCAACUGCAAAACAACAACAGAAAGUCAGAACCGACAUCAACGGUGAAGGCUUCAACAAGAAAAAGAAGAAGAAAAGGUCUGAUCAGAAAAGGAAGGAUUCUGGAUCAACACUGGAUUCUACAUCGCAACACAAUGGUUACUAUGAUGAUCCUCCAAGCAACCGGACCCCGAGUAGUAGCAAGGCCACAGGGUCUCCACGAAGCAAGGAACUCCCAGAGCCCACAGACCACCACAUUAAACACAGUAACAACCCAAAGUUACUCUCUUGGCUCAAACAAAAAGAUAUUUAUCACAGAAAACAGAAGCGAGAAGAAAGACAGAAAAAAAAAGAGGAAAGACAAAAGCUCAUUUUAGAGGCAAACGAAAAGUUCGAAAAGAGACUGGAGUCCCAAAAACGGGUCGAAAAAUGGAUGAAAAAGAAACACAAAGAGUGUAAGAAAAAAGACCGAGAGGAAAAAAUGAGAGAAGAUAUUAGGACAAGGGAAAGAAUUGAUCAAGAAAAUGUCAACAGGCUGACAGUUCCUGGAAAACCAUUACGUCCACAGUCAGCUCCUCCGUCUAAAAGAGAGGGCAGCCAACAGAUGAAGGAGGGAGUGGCUCCCCAGGUGGCAAACACCACAGGUAUGGAACCCCACCCGCCAGCCUCCAAAUUCAUCUACAAACGGCCUGUGGCAGGGCGCAUCAAACUUGCCAUGAAAGAUCGACCAAAAAGUGCAUCUGUAGUCACUCCACAGCGCAAUGCAUCUGCAUCACCAAGGCGAUCAAGUGCUAGAGACAAUUCUCAUGAAAACAAACAGAGAAUGUCUUAUGAGGACUGGCUGCAGCAAAAACGUAAACAUGACAUCAAGCAGAAAAAAGAAAUUCAACUUCAAAAGGAGGAGCUUGCAAAGUCUGAUCCAGAAUUAGCGAAGAUUGUUCCAGAAAUAGCAAAGAAGAGGAUCCACCGAGUGCUAGAGGGAAAGAAGUCUAUUGAUACUGGAAUAAAGAAUUUUGAUGAUAGAGCUAAUAAAUCUUUUGGUGGUGCAGACUUUCAAGAAGAGGACGUUAGCACAGCUGAAGAGAGGAGUCCUCGCCCAUCCUACCGUCUUGAAUCUGACAGGGUCAAUCAGACGGAUCCAAAAAAUACUUCUAAAAAUUUGAAACUAUCUGGACAGAGUGUUAACAUGGACAGUCGUCCAGGCACAGCUCCCCCCAGGGCUAGGGUUCCUACACCUAAACAAUCCUCAAAUUCACCCCGGAAAGCAGUGGCGCCACCUAAGGACAAAAUGAGUGAUGAGGUGUCUGCAGGGUUCAGCUUGCCAUUCCAGGAGAAGGAUGGGGUACCAAAGCAUGUAGCAUCCACUCAGAGGAAACUCUUUGCAGAAAAGGUAUGGGAAAAGUUGGAAGGUGAGGAAAGACCAGAGCCACAAGGAUGUGCAGCUAUAGAGACGCCGCAACACCCACAACACCCACAAGCUGAUCGUCCAAAGGUAGAUAACUCCAGAAAUGCAGACAACAGUACAAAGAGUGACAAUUCUAAUGAAGGUGAAGGUGAUAUAAAAGACAGUAAGGAGGAAAAAACUGAUGAAGAAAAGGAAGAAGUUGUUGGGGCUUUUUUCCUCACAUCUAGAGAAGACAUUUUGGAUGAUAUGAAAACAGAAAAAGAACCAACGGAAACAGAACAGAAAACUGAGAACCCAAGUGUGGAAGAGGACAGGAAAAUGGGAGACUUCUUGGGGCAAGAGGAUAUUAAAAAUGGGGAAACUGAGGCAAAAGUUGAUGAAGUGUCCUCUGAGGUUGAACCACCUGUUAAUGACCUAGAGAUGGAUUCUGGUGACUUAACAGAUGGUAGUAACACACAAAAUGGACAGAAUGACCAACAGGAGGUCAAGGACAUUAUAGCUGAAGACAAUGGUCAGAAAACUAAUGGCAUCGACAGUGAGCUACAUCUAAACUCUGAUGACCUGCGUCCAGAAUCAGCCAACACAUCUCGUAGUUUGAAACAUGUGUCAUUCAGAGAGGAAACAGAGAUCUUAGGCAAGGAUGAGCCAGAGGGGGAGGAGGUUGAUUGGAGCACAGACACUGCAACACCCGAUAAUGAUGACUACGCCUGCAUGGCCAAGGAUGAUCUCAAUGUGGACGAGGAGACAAAUGAGGACCAGGACAUUGAAGAUCAGACUCCAGAGGAGAUAGAUAGUCAGAUGUCACGUACAUCACAGGCUCAAAGUAUGGAAGAUGACUUCUAAAAAAGAUCAAAUCAUAUAAUUAAACAAUUAUAAUUAUAGGUUUUUUUCCUGGAAUGCUAGACAGUUAAGGUGUCCAAAAGUGAUUUACAAUACAAUGUACUUACAAGGGCCUCAGUGAUCAAGUUAUUCUUCGAUUUACAACUUUUACAAGGGCCUCAGUGAUCAAGUUAUCACUUGAUUUACAACUUCUGCACAGACCUGAGUGAUCAAAAUAUUUUUUUAUUUACAACACGUACAAGGGACUGGAUGAUGAAGUUGCAGUAUGUCCUUUAGUUUCUAUUUCUUACAAGAGUCUGAGAGAUCAAGUUAUUCUGUGAUAUACAAAUGUAUAAUAGUCAGCAUUGAUUUUAAAAGAGUUCUGUCACAGCAGCAUUCCUGAUUCUAAAGGAUUUAAAUGGAAGGAAUGUGAUCUCCUUAGUCAGAGGAACACUGGUAUUGAUUACUGUGCUCUUGAAAGUGAGAAAUGCUAUAAUCAAAUGUACAAAGUACAAGGACUGUGAUUUUAUGUUUAACCCAUUGUUAAACAGAAAUUAGUAUAGUGCAUUAGCAAUAGAUAUACUUAAAACCUCGGUAGAUUUAAUAAGAAACCUUUUCUUUGUAUAUUUUAAUAAUCAUUUAAUUAGUUCAGCUUUUAAAAUAAACUGCCAUUUUGUAGUUCAUUCCUAUAAUUUCACUGUAAGCCCUGGCUGUCAUCAUCCGCUACAACCUUAAUUCAAGGUUAUAUAUAUAUCAGCUUUAUAAUUGCUUGCUAUCCAAUGUUUUAAGCUUUGUUAGCUGAAAUUCUUGCUUCAUCAGUCUAUAUUUUUAGCUGGAAAUAUUUAUAUGAUGUGUCAUUAUUUUAAUUAAAACACAGCCUGUUCAGGUCAUCAAGAAAUUCUCCUCAAACAUAAAAAUAUAAUAUGCAAUAGAGUUGAACAUAUCAUUCUCCGUCAUUAAUGUUCAUUAGAAUCUUCAUCAGUGCUCUUAAGUCUGUUUAAAAACACUACCAUUCAAAGGCUAUCCCAGUAUGCAGCUGGAUAGUGGUAUUUUGAUAAUUCACCUCCAUCCUUACCUGUCCAGAAGUACGACUGUACAUUCUCAUAGAUAUAGAUACCUUAUUAUGUACUAAGUUUUGUAGCUAGUUUUUUUUAGAUGAUUAUUUUAUUAUUUGUAUACAUUUUCAGAAAAGAAGAUAACAUGUAUUGUUAGCUAGGUUUUUUAAAAUUAAUUAUUUUAUUUGUGUAUAUUGUGAAAGACAGAAUCUGUGAUAGUGCUUUGAGUACAAACUGUAAUUACCGUUUUAUUUACAUGUAUGUCAUUAAAUCAACAAAACAUCUCAAGUCUCAACUUCUGAUGCUGCACUGUAUUCUAUAGCUUAGAUAACAGGCUUGUGUACUUUUUAUGAACUUAUCAUCUUUGAGUAAUCAACUGUUUGUUAAAUCUACCAUCCGCUUUUGUGAUUGUGUGAUGAAUUGUAUUUUAUUAUACAGGUAGAUCCAGGGAGGUAUACAUCCAUGGUAGAUUUUAACACAUUUUAAACAUUUCUCAUGAUUUCAAAAAAAUAAAUAUUUCAAAUAUAGAAGGCAAAUAACUAAACCAUGACUAAUUGAGAAGUCGUUGUGCUUUAUGAUAGCAUUUUGUAUGUCAGAAUGGCAAUAUAAAUGAACUUUGUGAAUUAUUGUUAUGAAUGUUUUUGUAUAGAAGUACUUAAUGUGGUUUUAUUUUCUUAUUCUAAUAUUUCAUAUUAAGGAGUCCUGUUUAAGUUGAAAAGUUAACUCCAUAGAGAUAUAGUAGUCCUAGGUCCAUUUGUCUACAGACAAGUGACAUUAGUCCUAGGUCCAUUUGUCUACAGACAAGUUACAGUAGUCCUAGGUCCAUUUGUCUACAGACAAGUGACAUUAGUCCUAGGUCCAUUUGUCUACAGACAAGUGACAUUAGUCCUAGGUCCAUUUGUCUACAGACAAGUUACAGUAGUCCUAGGUCCAUUUGUCUACAGACAAGUGACAUUAGUCCUAGGUCCAUUUACCUACAGACAAGUGACUGUGGUCCUAGGUCUGUUAGUCUACAGACCAGUAACAUUAGUCCUAGGUCCAUUUGUCUACAGACAAGUUACAGUAGUCCUAGGUCCAUUUGUCUACAGACAAGUGACAUUAGUCCUAGGUCCAUUUACCUACAGACAAGUGACAGUUGUCCUAGGUCUGUUAGUCUACAGACAAGUAACAUUAGUCCUAGGUCCAUUUGUCUACAGACAAGUGACAUUAGUCCUAGGUCUUUUUGUCUACAGACAAGUGACUGUGGUCCUAGGUCCAUUUGUCUACAGACAAGUGACAUUAGUCCUAGGUCCAUUUGUCUACAGACAAGUGACUGUGGUCCUAGGUCUGUUAGUCUACAGACAAGUGACAGUAGUCCUAGGUCCAUUUGUCUACAGACAAGUGACAUUAGUCCUAGGUCUUUUUGUCUACAGACAAGUGACUGUGGUCCUAGGUCCAUUUGUCUACAGACAAGUGACAUAUUAGUCCUAGGUCUGUUAGUCUACAGACAAGUGACAUUAGUCCUAGGUCCAUUUUUCUACAGACAAGUGACAUUAGUCCUAGGUCUGUUAGUCUACAGACAAGUGACAUUAGUCCUAGGUCCAUUUGUCUACAGACAAGUUACAGUAGUCCUAGGUCCAUUUGUCUACAGACAAGUGACAUUAGUCCUAGGUCCAUUUGUCUACAGACAAGUGACAUAUUAGUCCUAGGUCCAUUUGUCUACAGACAAGUGACAUUAGUCCUAGGUCUGUUAGUCUACAGACAAGGGACUGUAGUCCUAGGUCCAGGUAGAAGAGUGAGGCCAUGAUUAACCAGGGUAUAUUUUAAGAGAAACAAUUCAAGGUAGCUUGUAGAACCAUCCAUGAUAGUGCCUUAUAAAGUAGUUAGUUAUUUUGUCUUGUGUAGAAGUACUGAUUAUAAAUCCAGCAUCAGCUUCCCUUACAUACAGAGUCUUGUCAUUUAACAUUAACACAAGCUUUUCUACAUAUCUACAUAAUAUCAGAUCUGAAUAUCUUCAAAUGGGAAAUGUAAAGGAUAGAUCAGAUUGUAGUCUUAAGAAAUAGUGUGUUCUAAAUGAAAUGUUAUCAUUCACAUGAUUAGGCUGAUGAACUGGAACCAUUGUAUUCAUUCUGUGUGGCACUUUUUUGCUGUUUUUGUGGUAAAUAGCCCCCUACGUGGGAGACUAUGUUUCCUCCCUCGUCCGUCUAUCUGUCUGUCUGUCUGUCUGUCUGUCUGUCUGUCAGUCCAAUUUUUUAUUCUGUCAGUUCGUCCACUCAUUUUUCUGCACUGUAUGUUGGUGAAAAUUGGUAUGUAACUUCAGUAUGUGUAGCUACAGAUCAAGUUCGAGUUUCAGGGUUUAUAGGUUAAGGUCACUGUUACUAUUUUUAACGGGACCUAGUAGGGGACAUGUAUUGCGUUUGCAAUACCUAGCAACAUUGCUUGUAUUUAUGUUGUACCAGGAUCCAAUAUUGACAUUAGUUCACCUGACCCUUUCUAGUUCUGGGAAAAAGGAUUUAGUUAAUGCAUAUACAUGUAAUCACUUAUCUGCCAAUUUAAAUUUCUGUCUUUUAACCAAAAGCUUCCCCAGACAAAAGAUUGACUAAAACUAAAAUAAUUUUUCCUUUUUUCCAAACCUGAUACUAUGUGAUAAAAUGUCAUUGUAAAUGGUGUAAUAAGCACACCCUAUUUAUGAUUUAGUAAGUGAAAAGUUCACUAACAAGGUCGAAUACGGUAGGAAUGUUUAUCAAAGAAAUAAAAUUGAAUGUCAUAAAGUGUAAAACUAAAAACUUGUGAUUGAUAGGGGAGAAAACCACAUGUUCUGUAUGAUUGUGAUUUCAUAACAAUUAUUGGCUAUAUAUUAUAUGGGUUGGAUAGAGAUGAUAAUACAGUGUACAAUAGUGUUGGGGUCUAAAAGAAUUGUGGAUUUAAGAGAAGGCCAUAAAAAGUACCACUAUGACACUUUCAUAUCUGAAUCCGAAACAGCCACGAUACAACAUUCUGUAUUUCUGGUAUUUCAUUUUACCUGGAUGUGUGAUCAGAAAAUCUGUGUGUAUCAGCAUUUGAUUGUGGAGGAAGAAAAUCAGAUUGAAGCGAACUCAUUAAAUGGUAAAUUGUCGGGAUCUCUAUUGAUUGUGGCGUGAUGUUCCAGCAGCUGACACAGUCCUAUUUAUCUCCUGGCAGUAUCAUCUCUAGUAAUUACAGAGUUAACAAAACAUAGGGGGCGCUCACCUUAACUAUCCAAUACACCACAACACCUAAGGGUAGGAUAAAUCUGAUCUGUGAAGCUGAAGUUUGUGGACAGCCUAAUAGCUGUAUCGAACAUUGUAGAGUAUAGAAGGAUCGGCUGGAUUUGAGAGAAACGAGAUGAAUUAGCCUUGUAUGAAUGUGUUUAUAUGAAUUCAAUAAUUCAAUAAAAUGUAUAUAAUUAAUUAAGCUCUGUACGAUGAUGAAGAAUGAGUUAAUGGUUCUAUAUUGUUGUGUUUGUUAAGCACCUAUUUAUGUGAAUGGCUGAUCAGCUGAAUUAAAGGCCGAUUACAGAA